AUGGAUCCGCUCAGCGCCUCUGCGAGCGUCAUAGCCGUCCUCCAAUUAUCAGGCGAAGUGGUCAAGUAUGUCAAUGAGGCGAUAGGAGCAACGACAGAAAGGAAGCGGCUCCGCGACGAGGUGCGCGCAUGUGAAGACGUCCUCCAACAGCUCAAAGACGAGGCCGCCGAAUCGCGCGAGGACGAAGACUGGCGGAAGAGAAUCAAGGCGCUCGAGGGCCCCGACGGACCAUUGACCCGGCUAUCUGCGACAUUCAAAAUCCUCAAGGUCGAGCUGCAGCCGAAGCAGGGUCUGAGAAGGAUUUCUACCGCCUUGAAAUGGCCACUGACGCGGGAAAAGGUCGACAAGCUCGUUCAAGCGAUCGAGCGUGAGAAGAGCCUUCUGACUUUUGCUCUGACCAACGAUUGCAGGAAGUUGAUGCAAAACAUCAAGAAGAGCGCCAUCGAGAACCACGACCGGCUUGCAGAUUUGAUCGCCACCCUUGAAAUACACAGCACAAGCCGAUUCGAGGAGCUGAAGGGUGACAUCGAAGUUGCCUUUGGUCAUCUCAAAGGCUCCCAGGAAAGAAAAGAAGCAGCAGGAACACGCGAGGCAAUUCUCCGCUGGCUCACUCAGAUCGACUAUGCCCCCCAACAGAACGAUUUCGUGAGCCUGCAUCAACCGGGGACAUGCGAAUGGCUUCUUCUCUCCCCGCAGUACACGUCGUGGCUGCAAGCCCACAAGCAGACGUUGUUCUGUCCUGGCAUCCCGGGGUCGGGGAAGACAAUCAUGACGUCCGUUGUGGUUCAGGACCUCUUGGAAAAGAGGCGUUGUCAGGAGAUCCCAUGUGCUACCGCUGAAAACGAGAGCUGUCAGUGCGCCCGCGUUGGCAUUGCGUACCUGUACUGCAACUUCCGUCGCCAGCACGAGCAGCAGUCUCAGGACUUGCUCACAAACCUACUGAAACAGCUGGCGGCUCAGACCUCUCUACCGGGGGCGGUGAAGGACCUCUAUGAUCGACACCACAGUGAAAAAACCCAACCUACCCUCCUUGAGAUUUCCGACACCCUUCGCACCGUGGCUGCCGGCUAUUCCAGAGUUUUCCUCAUUGUCGACGCCCUGGAUGAGUGCCAUGUGUCGGACGGAAACCGAUCGAGAUUUCUGUCCGAGCUAUUCGAGUUGCAGGACAAAACUGGCGCGAACCUAUUCGUGACUUCGCGACCCCUUCCCGCCAUCGAGCAGAGUUUCGAGGGCUGCAUUUCUCGCGAGAUCCUCGCGACGGAGGAAGACAUUGGCAUGUACAUCGACGGCCACAUGUCGCAGGUAAAGCUGCCGGACUUUGUUUUGAGAAGGGCAGACCUACAGGACGACAUCAAGGCGGGGAUUGUUAAAUCCGUGCGAGGAAUGUUCUUGCUGGCAAAGCUCCAUCUGGAUUCACUGGCGGGCAAGAAGUCCCCCAAGGCGGUCCGAAACGCUCUGCAGAAUUUGGCCGCCGGGUCCGACGCCUACGACCAAGCGUACGAGGACGCGAUGGAGCGGAUCGGAAGCCAGCUCAAAGACCAGAAGGAGCUCGCCAUGCAGGUCCUGUCGUGGAUCACCUGUGCGAAACGACCACUGACCACGCUGGCGCUGCAACACGCGCUGGCCGUCGAACCCGACGAACCCGAUAUCGACCAGGACAAUCUCACAGAGGUCCACGAUAUGGUUUCCGUUUGCGCGGGACUCAUCAUCGUCGACAAAAAGAGUGAUAUCAUCCGACUGGUCCAUUACACCACCCAAGAGUACUUUGAGCGUACCAAAACUCGCUGGUUCAUGUCCGCGGAUGACACUAUUGCCCAAACCUGCCUCGCCUAUCUCUCAUUUCAAUGCUUUGCAUCCGGGCCCUGUCUUACCGAUGAAGAGCUCGAGAAAAGGCUACUGUCAUAUCCUCUCUACGGCUAUGCGGCUACGAAUUGGGGGUUUCACGCACGCACACAAUCUCUCAAAAUUAGAGAGCUUGUCCUUAGUUUUCUGGAGAGUGAUCCCAUAAUGAGCGCCUCUAACCAGGCGGCGUUGGCUUCAAAGGGAUCUCCCGGGUACAGUCAGAGGGUGCCACGUUUCAGGACGGGACUACAUAUUGCAGCAUGUUUUGGACUGACCGACGUGGUCAUGUCUCUGCUCAUGAAAGGAUGUGAGACGAGUCCGAAAGACAGCUAUCUCCAAACUCCACUCAUGCUGGCGGCGGCAAAUGGUCACGACGUUGUUGUCUCACUCUUGCUGAACAGCGAAGACGUUAAUUCUAGGGACAUGCACGGUCGAACAGCCCUGUCUUUGGCCGCAGAAAUGGGCCGCGACAAAGCCGUGAUGAAGCUUCUUACAAAGAAUGGGAUUGAUACCACCUUGAAAGACAGAUAUGAUCAAACCCCAUUGGCGUGGGCCGCCGCAGGUGGGCACAAUGGAGUCGUUGACCUCCUCUCCGGCAAGGGCCCGGACGACUUGAAGCCUGAAUAUGUGUCUUUUGGAGCAGAGCAUUUGGUGCGCGCGGCAGAGGACGGGAACGAAGCUGCUUGUGAAAUCUUCCUCCGGCAAGUCCACCCCAACUCGGUGAACAAGGCCGGUCACACGCCCCUUCACGCUGCGGCAGCAUCUGGCAAUGAGGCGAUAGUGAAUAUGAUGAUGGCCAUCGACGGGGUCGACGUGAACAUCAAAAGCCGCAGUGGAAUGACACCUUUCGCAUGUGCGGUCGCAAAAGGACACGAAGGAGUGUGUCGAAUACUCCUUGGCACCGCGAGAGUCAAUCCAGACGAAAGAUAUUGCAAUGGAGAACCGCCUCUGUCGAUUGCAGCCAGAAACCAAAGAGAGUCUAUUGUCGAGCUACUGUUGGAAACUGGGGCGAACCCCCGUCUCCAGGACGACUACAGACGUACGCCGCUAUGGUAUGCUGCCAGGAAUGGUAGCACGUCAAUCAUUGAGCUUCUGUUAAAGAAAGGAGCCGACGUCGAUAGCGAGGACGAUGGCAAACGAACGCCUCUGUCGUUGGCCGCUGAGAACAACUACCAGUCUGUCGCCGGCCUGCUUUUAGCACAUGGAGCAAAUCCUAACGCUGAAGACGGCCACAGUCGAACACCGGCAUCUUUUGCAGCCGAAAAUGGCCAUAUGGCUGUCAUCGAGACACUACUCGAGGAGGAAAAACUUGAUUUAAACGUGUCGGACAUGUUUGGUCGGACGGCCCUUGUGUGGGCUGCUGAACUUGGUCACCCUUCAAUUGUGAAGCUGAUUUUGAAGAGGAUGUGUGAGAACGACUCUCAGCAUACCCAGAAGAUACAAUGGCUGUUCACGUCUGAAGAAUUAAGGACCAUCAUUGACCUACUGGCUUCAGAAAGGGUUGGCCGCCUUAAGAAGAGUGGUUUCAACCUCGUCCUUUAUGCCGCCAAGAAUGGUCACACCCUUCUGGUAAAAUUCUUGCUCGAAAUCGGCUGCAGUCCUGACCACAGAGAUCAUGAUGGUCGCACUCCAUUUUAUUGGGCUGCAGAUGGCGGACACGAGGACGUGUUGCGCCUACUCCUGGUGACGGGCAGGGUUGAGCCUGAUAUGAAGCAGGGCCGCUUAAGCCAGACGCCACUGUCGAGGGCCGCGGGGAAAGGACACAAGGAGGUCGUACAGUGGCUUCUCACGAUUAGCGAGGUCGACCCGGACUCGGCAGAUAAGUACAAACGGACACCUUUGUCGUGGGCUGCAGAAGGUGGACAUCAAGAAGUGGUAAGACUACUGCUCGCCACGGGACGAGUCAAUCCAGAUUCGGUGGAUGAGAAAGAGCGGACACCUCUAUCACUAGCUGCAGAAGGUGGACAUCAGGAAGUGGCACAGCUUCUGCUUGCUACAGGCCGCGUCAAUCCCAAUUCGCGUGACUGGUUGGGACGGACGCCGCUGUCACGGGCCUCGGGCAGCAGGGGAGAGGGUGUGACGCGGUGGCUCCUGCAGACAGAGGAUAUCAUGCCUGACUCGAAGGACGACGACGAUCGCACACCUCUAUCUUGGGCUGCGGAGAGCGGACAGCAGGAGACGGUGCGGCUGCUGUUGGCGACCGGGAGGGUAGAACUCGACUCGAAGGAUAAGUGCGGCCAGACGCCGCUCUCCAGGGCGGCGGCUCGCGGGCAUGAAGGAAUCGUCCAAUGGUUCUUGGGCACCGGACAGGUCAAUCCCGAAACACGAGAUGAACACGGUCAGUCGCCGCUCUCGUGGGCCGCCGAGGGAGGGCACGAGGGGGUGGUUCGACUCUUACUAGCUGCCGAAGGAGUCGAGCCGGACUCGCAGGACAAGUGUCUUCGGACGCCCUUGUGGUGGGCUGCCGAAGGCGGUCAUGCUCAGGUUGUAAAACUACUCCUGGAGACGGGCAAGGUCAACCCUGGCCAGAAGAGCAUCUAUAACCAGACGGCGAUGGACAGAGCUGUGAGGGAGAGUCGUAGAGACGUGGUUCAGCUCCUGAGGUCGGCUUGA